AUGGCUCCUUGCAAAAAGAGAAAAAGAGAAGCACAUAAUUUAGUUAGAGAACAAGGUCAUUUCAUUUCUCAAAAAAAUUUAUCUACUAAUCUACAAGAAGUGGUGAUCGGAUUUGAUGAGCAAGAAGCAGCAGCCGUUAUACAAGAAGAACAGUUACAAGAAUCUGAGACAAGCAACAAAAGACAAAAAUAUGCUAAAAAUUCAAGAACAACAAUCUGGAGGAAAAAAAAAAAAAAGAACUCGAAAAAGAAAUAA